UGACAAGUCAACAACAAACAUGGCAACCAGCAGCAACUAUUGGGAAGAUCUGCGUAAACAGGCCAGACAGCUGGAGAAUGAGCUGGACCUCAAGCUGGUCUCUUUCAGUAAGCUCUGCACCAGCUACAGCAGCAGCAGCAACUGGGACCAGCAGAAAAGAGACAUCAGGUCUGAUUCUGGCUCAACUCAAGACAAUGUGCUCAUUGCCAUGACUACUGAGCUGGAGCAGCUCUUGGCCAAUCUUACAGCAGUUAAUGACAAAAUGGCAGAAUACACAAACACCCCGGGAGUAUCAUCACAUAACGCUGCGUUGAUGCACACCCUACAGAGGCACAGAGAUAUUUUACAGGACUACACCCAUGAGUUUCACAAAACCAAAAGCAACUUCUUCAGCCUGCGAGAGCGAGAGGACCUGCUGGGCUCUGUUCACAGAGACAUUGAGUCCUACAAGAGCAGCUCUGGGGUCAAUAACAGAAAGACUGAGCUCUUCCUGAAGGAACAUGAACAUCUCAGAAACUCAGAUAGACUUAUUGACAAUGCAAUAAGUAUCGCCAUGGCUACCAAAGAGAACAUCACAUUUCAGCGUGGGAUGUUGAAGUCCAUCCAAACCAGGGUCACAACUUUGGCCAAUCGUUUCCCUGCCAUCAACAGUCUCAUCCAGAAAAUCAAUUUGCGCAAGAGGCGGGACUCUUUAAUUCUAGGUGGAGUGAUUGGCAUCUGCACCAUACUCCUGUUGCUCUACACUUUCCACUGAUUCGCUGGUCAGUUGACUGACCUUUACUUUCUUUAAGAGCAAAAAAUCUUCAUUGUAACUCAAUCCAACAGUUGCAAGACCUUUUUUUUUUUUUUUUAAUGUUUUCAUAUGUUUCUCCUUCUAUUGUAAUUUACUUUGCUUAAGACAACAGUUUAAAAGGUUAAGAAAUGAUUUAAAGAUUUAUCAGAUUAAAAGUAAGUCUUAAUUGAAAGUGAAAUUGUUUCAACUCUCAGCCUGGAGAGUUUAUUUAUUUUCUGAAUUAUAACAUUUCCAUCUGGGAAUUGAUACAUUGCUGCUUAUAUCCUGUUGUAAUUUUAUCUCUUUAUAAAUGUAUGAAGUAAAAUUUUACUGGGAUUGUGUACUGCUCAAGUCAGACUUUUUUUAUAUGGUAUUGGCAGUGCCUAAUAAAAUAAAGGUGAUGAGCACACUUUGAAGUUA